GCGUAUGGAUUGCACCAGAUGGGAAGAAAUGCUCCACUCGCAAAGCUGCCCUCGCGCACGCAAAAGCACACGGCUUUGAAGAGCCUCCGCCAGACAAGGCUGUCGUGGCUGGGGCAAGUGCAGAGCCGACAAAGGCAAAGAAGACCUGUGAAUCCGCCGAUGCAGCAGAAGCUUGCCAACCAACUAAAGCCAAGAAGAAGCGAAAGGAUGCCGAGAAAGCCAGCAACUCCAUGGAUUCAGCAGUGGUCCCACAGCCAUCUCCGUCUCGAAAGAGCCAGAAGACGAAAGCUUCCGAUGACGAGCCAGCAGCCCCUUUCACGACACCGGAGAGGAAGACGGUGGACCGCGAUGCUCCUGUGGAAGCCCUCACUCCGCCACCGAAGCCAGAGCUUGGCCCUGAGGAGCGCAAGGUACGGAACCGGCUCAAUUUCGGCGGAAUUCCAAUUCGCAUGGAACGAUGCUGUGUCUGCGGGGUGGAUCGCGAUGAGAAGUUUCGGGGGAAUGUGUGUGAUUUAUGCGAGUCCGAGAUGCGUCGACGCGACCUUCGCCGGUACAGGGAGUUGAGCGAGGAUCAGCGGCAAACUAUUGCCAAUGUCUCUCUCAGUCGACGGGCCGAGCGGGAUGAAGAGGUGGCAGAAGAGAAGGAGAAGAAGCGAAUGGGGAAACAGUUUGCACAGCUGAUUGCUCAAGAAGUGCUGAAGCAAUACCGAUCGCAGCGCACUUCUGUGUAG